AUGUUACUGAACUCGACUAAAUUGGUAAUUCAUUGUGAAGGUGAAAUAACCAAAAGUGAUCUUUUACUCGAUGUUUUGUCUUCGGUGUUCAAAGUAACCAGCGGUCAAACUCUUGAAGUUUUGUUAGUUAAGGAAAUACAAGAUCCUGUUGUCGAUUUCGCCGAAAAUGGUGACCCUAUUCCUCGAGUUGACCCAUUGGACACUUCAUCAAUUCUACCCGAAUACUCAUCAUACGAAUAUAUUGUUCACGGAAAAAUCUAUGCAAUAGAAAAUAAGAUGAUUGGUACUGAGCCGAUAAUCGCAGUUCUUGCUUCGUUUGGUGGUUUAUUGUUUCGUCUUCAAUUACCAUUAAUUUACUCAUCUAGUUGGGUAAUUGACAAUAAUUUAUUUCUCCUAAUUAAACAUCAGCUUUCGUUAAUGCAACCACCGACUAUCCAUCAACCCGAGAAAAAGGUCAAAAAGGAAAUCAAAGUUAAGAUGGAACCCGAUUCAUCAUGA